AUGUAGAAUAAGGUACAGUUUAUUGAAUCUAAUGAUACGGAAGGAAUAUUAUAAGUUCCAGAUAAUUUGAUAGGACAGGUUUCUAAGAUCUUAAAGGAUUAGUUUGGAUUUUCAAUAGAAGAAAGAGUUGGAGCAAAAUCACAAUAAAAACAAUAAGUUUUCCAAUAAUAGUUAAAUUUAAUAGUAUAAUUGGUUUUAUGUAGCUUCAAGAAAUAUUGCAAUAUAAAUUAAUUUACUACUAUUAAAUAAGAAAUGGAAAAUAUCUAAUAGAAAAAAUAAUUUUCUAAAAAGUUCAGCUUAUAUGAUUUACAUUAAUUAUUAUAUGAAAACUAAUUUUGUUAAGAGUUUAGAGAUGUAUUCGAAAAUUACUUAAGCAAUGGCUCAGCUGAAAAAGAUCUUAAAGAAUCCAGGAAGAUUACAUAAGAUUAAAAAAAAGAACUAAAAAAAAUAAUAAGUGAAUUAUUAUUAGAAGUCUUAAAAAAUAACCCAAAUACAAGUUUAUUCAAUCAUCAAUUUAAUAGAAAAAAGAUUAAUAAUUGA